ACGUCGCUACGUCACACAAACGCAGAGGCACAAACAAGGAAGUAGCAGGGGAGCUGCAGCUGAAAAUGUUAACGUUUAGUUUAACGUUCGUACGACAUGGGGAAACUCAAUCCAACAAGGACAAGCUGCUGCAAGGUCAAGGCGUGGACAAUCCUCUGUCAGAGACGGGUGUGCGGCAGGCUGAAGCCGCCGGACAAUACCUCAAAGAUAUUCCGUUCAGCAAUGUGUUUGUCAGUAACCUACAGCGGGCUAUGCAGACAGCUGAAAUAAUUCUGAGGAACAACACUCACUGUUCUGGCACCGAGAUGGUUCUGGAGCCGUUACUCAGAGAAAUGAGUUUCGGUGUCGCUGAGGGACGUCCCAAAGAGGAUCUGAAGAACAUGGCCAACGCCGCUGGUCAGGCGGGCCGUGACUACACACCGCCAGGAGGAGAGACGACAGAGCAGGUGAAGCUGCGAUUCAAAAAAUUCCUCAAAAUCCUUUUCGAGCGACUGUUGGAUGAGCACGGCUUGUCGGGACCAGAGGCGUCUUCGGGGGCGGCCGGAGAUGCCGCGGCCUCAGACGUCCCUCCAGACGGCUCGGCCGACGACGGUCUCCAGGGGGUGUCGGUCCACGCUCUGGUGGUGAGCCACGGCGCUUUCAUUCGUAUUGCCGUGCGGCACCUCGUGGAGGACUUGGAGUGUGCCAUCCCCGCGUGGGUGAAGAUGUCGCAUCUGUUCUCCCCCUGUCCUAACACGGGCAUCAGCCGCUUCAUUCUCACCCUGAGCCGGUCCGAGUCCAGGCCGGCGCUCGCUGCUGCUCGCUGCAUUUUUGCCAACAGAAAGGGCCACCUAGAAAACCUCUCGCCUGCAGAGUAGUGUGAAGGAAUGAAGCUUCCAUGGAAAGGAUUGUAGGACUAUCAUCAACACUAAAGGGAACAAAACGUCAGAGUUACCACAGGGUGAAUGAUGUUUUUUCCAUAAUCAUGUUUACUGUGGAUCAUUGUGCAGCACUGUCAUAUUAUGAACCCGUGUCCUUCCAGCUGUAGGCCAGCUUGUGUGUCAUUUUUUAAAUUGGUGGUUUAAUUGCCUGUUUAAUCAUGUUAUACCAAAGUCUAAAUUAUUCAAAGUGUUCGUGAACAGCCAGUAGGUUUUACGUUUCCAGCGUCUGUCUGCUGUGGUGCUGCUCGUUUGACUUGUGCAAUACAACAUGAACGCACCGACUCGUUGUUGAGUUUCUGUUUAGCAAAGAAAAUAAAAAUAUAAAUCAUUUUGCAUACAGAAUGCUGUGGAACUUCAUAUGUCACAUCUGUGGAUGUAUUUGUAGCUUUUUAAUGCUGAUUUUUAUUUAUUUUUAGCCUUGUUUUCUUCAUGGAGUUACUGAGACCUCAAUAUUAAGUCCAUAAACUUAUAUCCUCCAAGUGUACUGAGGUAUUCUAAUCCUUAACAAACUACAAAGACAAAGGCCCUUAUUCUUAUUUAUACUUUCACAGGAAGCUUUUGGUGCAAUUCCUGAUUAUUGUGGUGCAUGUAACGCUCGCUGGCACAAGAAAAUGAACUUUUUAAAUCAAUUCGAGCACAUUUACUGAAAAAAAUCCACAUGCUUCUACUACUUUCAGCUCCACUUUUCUGAAGAAAUAGCACUUUUUACUCCACUGAAUUUCAAAGUUAUUUUACUGAUGAUGAUUUUACAAACAGAACCUGUGAUUACUUAUAAAAAUAUGAAGAAUAUUAAACCCCCCUCACAGUAAAUAGACUUUUAGGCCCGGUUUUGUGUUCAGGGCUUAAAUGAAACCACGACUAAACUAGUCUGGUUUAAAUGAAUCCACACUAAUCCAGCUGCUUUCUACGAUGUCAUUUAACUCCAUUGCAAUAUUCCGUUGGUGGGUCUGGACGGCCAUGCUGUUCCAUGCCAAAACCUUGAGGUGAUGAGUGCUUGUAAGGACGGAGGUGUCGGAAGCAAACAAAACAUUUCAGCUGCGUUGUGUUUGGACGUACGAAAACGGUCACGAAAAUCUGUGUGUCAAAUUAAUUCGACGGGUUGCUUUGUUCUUUCUGGUCUUGGUGGUCUUUCAGCGUCAUUGAUGUACUCGAGGUCGUCCAUUUUCACCAUGCGCCGCCUUUACUCUGAAGUUAAAUCUGCCUCUGUCCGGGUUUACUUCAACCCUUUGACGCCUGUUGUCGCAAAUUCACAACAUACCGCUUUCAUUCAGACUGAGAUAGCGAAUUCAUCCCCCCAUUGCUGAACCUUUUGCAACCACUUGUUUCUCGUAGGACUGGUCAGAGUGAGACCUCAUUAUUAUAUAUCUGUUAUUAUUGUUAUUAUAUGUCUGUUCUAUGUGUAAUAGACAAAUCAACAAUCUCCACUUAUUUUAGCAUCAGCUGGAAAGCAAAAACAUGCAGAAGUUUUUUAAAAAAUUUAGUUGUAAAUAAAUUCAGGCGUCAAGGAGUUAAGUCUUGAUUUAGACCUGGAUUAGUUCUAGCAUCCCUUCAAGAAAGGAGCUUGUUUAACUCAAGACUAGGACAAAUGAGAGACUGUUUUAAUCCGUAUCCGAGAAUGUCGUGUCAGUAAGUCUUGGUUUACAAUGUGAUUUAUUCUAGAACUUAAUCCCUGUACAGGAAACCGGGCCUUAAUGUUAAUGCACCAAUAAUAAUUUGAGUCUUAAAAAGGCUGUUGUGCUGCAUAAUUAGGAAUACUUUAUUACUUCAGAAAAGUUUUAAAAAUGGGACUUUUGUUUGCAAUAUGAUUGAAAUAUGGUGUUGUUAAUUCUUCCACUACUGACAACAAUCAGUUAAAAAGCAUCACCCACUGAAAUGUGCAAACUUUGAACUGUUAUCCCACUUCAGUAUUCUUCUGCUUGUGUCUCAGAAUGUUAUUUUAUUAUUAUGAACUUUAAAUAAGUUACUGAGCCUUCUCUUUUUCUGGUUCGUGUUCAGAAAUAGCCUUAAAGCAUUGGCUAUGGAUACCACACUCGUAUUUCCAUCUAAGGCUAAUGAAGUCACCUCUACAACCCACACAUUGCAUAUUUUGUGUUUAUUUAGCAAGAAAUUGAAGUCUCAAAAUAAUGUUUUAUUUGUCACCGCACUACUUUGUGGUUCGGCUCUUUAAAUUCCUGGAAAUCCUUCCUCGUUGCCCAGCGCGUUUCCCUAAACGCUCCAUCAGGAGGUCAAAAGUUAACGUAGGGCUUUGACCGGUUUACUGCGAGUUAAGGGGGAGCGUCACCUUCAAAUAUGAUAGAUUUGGGUGAAAAAGUCAAAUUUUAAAAAAGAUGAUUAUCAUAUACCUAAACAUGCAUUCUUUCUCCUGAUGAGUUGUUUUUUUUUGAUUUGAUUGCUUAUAUAAUGAGUCAUUAAUCAUAAACUUUAAGUGCCGAUUUCUCAAAACUUGAUUUUCGGACACGAAUAAACUGCCCCUUAAUUUAUCGUCUUACGCUUUUGACCAAAACUUCCCAUUUUUGGCAUGCUGCUAGUACAGGCUAUGUAGAAUGCAACUAUUAGCCAUUUUUUUUUGAUAACUUCAUUCUAUGCUGAGUUAUAUGAGAUAAUCUUUGUAGCAAUUGUUUCGUUUCAUUACCACGGUAACCACAGUGAAAUAUGACAAAAUGCCUAACAGGUGCACAGGUCCAUACUUAAAGCACUACGUGGUGCAUUGGUAUCAUUUUAUGUUAAAUAUUGCAUGAAAUUUUGCUUGGGGCAAAUACAAGAUGUAAUUUUGGGUUCCUUAAUUCAUCAGUAUUUAAUUUCAGUCCAGUUGUUCAAAAUGAAAAAAAAAAUGGUUUCACAGUAAAGUUGGUGUUUAGAGGUCUCUAAAAAUGGACAGGUUGCAUACCUUAUCUUAAAAAGUGUGUGCAAUAUGAAGCUUUCAACAUUGGUCAUUUUUAGUACUCGGCCGGGUGAAGCGCCCCCUUAAGGCAAAGCUGCUAACUGAGGUGUGUUUUUAGUUUGACUCGGCUGCAGAGUGUGUGUCUGUUUGCUCAUUAGAUGGAAGAAAAAUGCAGGAGAUUCACUAACGAGAGGAACUGUGUCACUGUUAAACCUUUCACAGAGAACACUUCUGUACAUAAUAGACCGGCAUGUUAAAUAACACACUCAACUCAUUUCCUUUAUUACUUUAUUUUGUCCCAGAUUCAAGCAACGCUCCAUUUACAACUCCAGCUCAUACAUUCAAAGACAAACCAUGUUUUUUUUUGUUUACGUACACUGUAACUGCAUCCUUAUAAAUACCAUAAAUAACAAUAAAGGAAUGGAUUUAAAUAAAUAAA